AUGGCGGAGCUCGUCAGAGGGGUCGUCUUACUGUCGGCGGCUCUGCAAGCCCUCACCCUGUGCUCAGCCUGCAGCUUCACCGUCUCCAACAACUGCCCCCACACGAUAUGGCCGGCGACGCUCGCCGGAGCGGGGACUCCGCAGUUGCCGACGACCGGCUUCCUGCUGGCCCCCGGCGAGAGCGCGCAGAUUCCGGCGAGCCCUGGCUGGUCGGGGAGGAUAUGGGCGAGGACAGGUUGCUUCUUCGACGAGCACGGCGAGGGGACCUGCCAGACCGGCGACUGUGGCGGCAAGCUGCAGUGCGGCGGCAUGGCGGCGCUGCCGCCGGCGACCCUCUUCGAGAUAACCCUAGCGACGAGCAGCUCCGGCAGGGACUUCUACGACGUCAGCCUCGUCGACGGGUACAACCUGCCGGUGUACGCCACCCCGCGCGGCGGCGGUGCCGCCUGCAACGCCACCGGAUGCAUCUCCGACCUCAACUCAGGUAUGAACGAACUGAUGAAAAAAUGCAAGGGAUCAAGUCAAGGCGUCAUCCUCCCCUCAAACUUCUUCUUCCUCAGGUUGCCCGCAGGAGCUGCAGGUGGAGGUCGCCGGCGGCGACGUGGUGGUGGCAUGCCGGAGCGCGUGCGAGGCGUUUGGUCUGGACGAGUACUGCUGCAGCGGCGAGUACGCCGAUCCGACGACGUGCCGGCCGUCGGCGUACUCAGCCUUGUUCAAGGCGGCGUGCCCGAGAGCUUACAGCUACGCAUUCGACGACUCCACGAGCACCUUCACCUGCAAGGCUCCCGAGUACGCCAUCACCUUCUGCCCCACCCCCACCAGGUCAGCCAGGAUGAUCUCUUGCAUAACAAACUAUAUAGAUCUAACCUUAUUGAAUUAA